CCAAUAAAUAAGAACCGAUUGAGAUUACACAACGAUGGCUUCGUCUCUGAGCACUAGAGUCUCGGCGUUAAUCAUAUCUCGACGGCGUUUUCCGUUCGUCGGCACGUUUUGUGUGCUUUCGACUCUGUCAAUCUCUUCUCUUUCUUCGUCUUCGUUCAAAUCGGGUUGUGCACAGUCCUUCUCUGUUGUUCCUCUCUUAAGGUCUAAGUUUAGCAGUAAGGCUUCUUCGUCAACGAUCAAAAUGGAGGAGAGCAGCAAAACUGUGCCCAGCAUUGUUGUCUAUGUCACUGUUCCUAACAGAGAAGCAGGAAAGAAGUUGGCUAACAGCAUAGUCCAAGAAAAGCUUGCAGCGUGUGUGAACAUUGUACCAGGCGUUGAAUCGGUGUACGAGUGGGAGGGGAAGGUUCAGAGUGAUUCCGAGGAGCUCUUGAUAAUCAAAACAAGGCAAUCCCUUCUAGAGUCUCUAACCGAGCACGUCAAGGCAAAUCACGAAUACGAUGUCCCAGAAGUAAUUGCACUGCCCAUCACUGGUGGGAGCGACAAGUAUCUAGAAUGGUUGAAAAACAGCACAAGAAAGUGAGAUCUCGACGUCUCGUAGUUAUCCAGCAAUGGCUUUGUAGCAUUGGUUUCGUUUACGUUUCAACAACUUCUGUAUUUAAAAUAAAACGUGUGGAGUGUAACAUUAGACCAUUUCGUCAAAUGACAUUUGCUUAAAAGUUAAAAAGAUUUCAGCUCAA